AUACCGGAAGUAUAACAUUAUCGCUUUGCUAGGCUAGUUUAUCAAAACAAUAUACCUGCUAUUACUAUGUAAUAUAACUACUACUUAGUCUACACUUAACAUUAGACAGUAUACUAAAUCUAUGGGUUCAUGUUCGGAGCCAGCGGGUAUUUUAUAGCGGUUUUCUGUGCUACGCAUGCGCAUUAACCAAUAAUGUUAUUCUGAUGGGCAUGUCAAAUUUUCAAAGCACCGGACUACUGCCUUCUCCUGGUACAACAAUACGCAAACAACGACUCAUACAGAAACAUACCAGGUGUGGAGAUGAUGGAGGAGACUGAGGAGCAGUCACACCCCCAUCAGUUUGAGGAUAGUUUGAAGGAGGAACCACGCGACGGAGACACCUUCAGGGUUCACGUGGUGACGUGGAACGUGGCCACGAUUGAUCCUCCAGACGAUGUGACCUCGCUUCUUCACCUCAACUCACCAAAAAGCGCAGACCUCUACGUCAUUGGUUUGCAGGAAGUGUACUCAGGGCCAGUGAGAUUUGUGUCAGACAUGAUAUUUGAGGACUCAUGGACUGGGUUGUUUACCUCCAGCUUAACACCACUGCAGUAUGUCAAGGUGUCGUCCAUGAGAAUGCAGGGUCUGCUGCUGCUUUUCUUCUCCAAACUGGAGCACAUCCCUUUCAUCAGAGACAUCCAGGCGACGUACACACGAACAGGCAUCUGUGGUUACUGGGGUAACAAAGGUGCUGUGUCCAUCCGGCUGUCUUUUUAUGGUCACAUGCUCUGUUUCCUCAACUGCCACUUAGCUGCUCACAUGAAAUAUGCUUCUGAGAGAGUGGAUGAGUUUGAGUACAUCAUGGACAGACAGACGUUUGACUGUAGGAAGGCUCCGAGAAUAACUGACCACAGGUUGGUGUUCUGGUUUGGAGAUUUGAACUUCCGGAUCCAGGACCAUGGUAUGCACUUUGUUCGCUCCUGUAUCAACAAUCAAACCUACAACCUGCUGUGGAGCAGCGACCAGCUGAUCAUGAUGAAGAAGAAAGAACCGUUGCUGCAGGAUUUUGAGGAAGGGGCCCUGGAUUUUCAGCCCACAUAUAAGUUUGACUUGAACUCUGAUAAUUACGACAGCAGACUCUACAGGACAUGGUUUGGCUUUAAUAGUAAGAAGCGAAAGCCCGCCUGGACAGACAGGAUUCUGUGGCGGAUGCGACCCAAAGCCCCGCCCCCUGAUGAGCAAGAUGGAAAUGACAGCACUUUGUAUGGAGAGAAGAUCAAGCAGCUUGAUAAGGAAGACGAGUACCCUCUGAAGGUCAGGCAGGACCUGUACACCAGCAUCAUGGAGUACAGCAUCAGCGACCACAAACCCGUCAUCGGCAUCUUCACACUUGAGCUGAGGAAGAUGUACGACACUCCUCUGGUACGUCUGCAGGCAGAGGGCGACUGGAGCGCAGACAUUGACUCGUUGGUUGUGUACAGCCCUCUGCAGCCGUUCCCCGCCAGUACAUGGGACUGGAUCGGGCUCUACAAGGUUGGAUUCAGCAGCUUGUCGGACUACAUCACCUACACGUGGGUCAAAGACGACGAGGUGGCCUUCAACGAGGAAGUGAUGCAGGUGUUUGUGAGUAAAGAGGAAAUCCCUGUGAGGGGAGGAGAGUGUGUCCUGUGCUACUACUGCAGCACUCUGCAGUGCAUCAUUGGAAUCAGUGAACCGUUCAAGGUCCUCGAGUCCAGAGUAGCCAUUGAGGAAGGCUUGCUGCCUGACAAAACUGUUGGACUUGACAAAAACCACAGCGAAUGAAGAGUUUUGAACCUCAUGGCUUUUUGUUCUUAACCUGCAACUGAAAGAGAAGAUUAGGAAGCUCUUUUCUUGUGGUCACUCAUCCUACUGACCUCCAGUCUGCUGGUGUUCUUCAUUUAUUUUCUACUGUAGUUGGUCUCCAGGGUGACUGACUAAACACUGUGCUGUUUGUGAAAUAGAAAUAGUGUGCUUGGUUGAUGAUGAACAGCUCAUAUAUGAUAAUGAUAAUGAUAGAGAGAAGGAUGUUGUAUGACCUGCGGAAGCCUGCUGCUUAUGAUCUUUUUAGACUGGCUUAGUCAGCUUUCACAGGUAGGAAAAGGAAAAGGGAAUUACAAAAUUCACAAAGCUCAUCGGCCAGUUUGUUUAAAUCAAUGAUGCCAGUCCAUGUUUUUCCUCCACGAAUCGAAGCCGAUGUGAUGCUGAAGCAGGAAGUUUCACACAAGGUGGAGCCCAGAGCUCUGCAGGUGGAGGUGAUGGAGGAUUAAUCAGGACAGGCCCAGUUUUUGGAGAAUAAAGAAAGUUUUUAUGUUGCAUUUUGUGUUUGAUGCUCCUGCAGAAACUUUGGCUCAUGACUUGAUUUUACAGCAAACAUGAUGAAUGUUUUCCUCUUUUGCUGGCAGUUCUGGUAAGAACUGAUUUCCUCUGAGCUUUGUUACGGUGCGUUUUACGCUGUUAAAUGUUUUGUUUGAAGCUUCUGUGGAAACAAGCUACUGUAGAACCGGUUUGGACUUUCUCCUCGCAGCGUUUUAAUCAACUUCACUCGUUCCUGGAGAACUUGAAAACAGAUGUUUAUAUAACUUGAAGCUUUUUUUGUGGCUAAUUUUCAGUUUUCUGAUUCUUUUGCUUACUGAAACCUCAGAGUUUAAAACAAAAAAAGUCAUAUGAAUCAUUCCCUUUUAAAAGUUGAUUGGGGCAUCACUUAAAGGAUAUUGCACUGUUUAUUGUUUAUGCUUAAAUAUUUAUAGAUUGUUAUUGUUAGUGUUUACUGAGAAAAAAAUAUAAAUAUUUAGUCUUUAAUGACCCACAUGGAUUCAGCAAGUGCCUUUAAAGUGAUUGUGGCUGCAUUUGAAGAUGCUGCUUCUCUAAAUGAUUUGAAAUCUUUGAGCUCCAUCUGAAUGUUACUAGAAUCACUUAUUUUAUUAUCAUAUUAAUCUCAAUUUCCCCUUUUUAUUGUACUAUUUAGUAUGAAAAUAUACUGUAACAUAAUGACACCAUCUUAUAAGUUUGCAAUCUAAAUAUUAAACAGGUCUCACAUCA